AUGUAUUUUUCAAUAUUGAUUGUAUUUACAUUACUCCCCGCGACGUGUGCUACCACAGCGUCCAUUGUCUCCCGAUCACAAUCGCAUCCGCUCAGUUCUCGGCCGCUGAGACCCACUACCGACUUGACUAUCUCCAAUAAAGUUAUUGCGCCAGAUGGAUUUUCACGUUCGACAACACUUGCCGGAGGAACAUUUCCUGGUCCUCUGAUUAAAGCCAAUAAGGGAGACCACUUCGCUAUAAAUGUAGCGAACAAGCUGGAUGAUGACUCUAUGUUCGAAAUCACCAGUGUUCAUUGGCAUGGGCUGUACCAGAACGGAACGAACUAUGCAGAUGGUGUUUCAUUCGUCACACAGUGUCCUAUUGCCAAAAAUUACUCAUUCCUUCACGCCUUCGAUGCUCCGAACCAGGCUGGCACUUACUGGUACCAUAGCCACUAUUCCACGCAGCAAUGUGAUGGCCUCCGUGGCCCUUUGGUCAUUUAUGAUCCCAAUGACGCCCUAUCUUAUUUGUAUGAUGUUGAUGAUGAGACCACAGUUAUUACCAUUGCCGACUGGUAUCAUAUCGUGUCCCCAGUUCUACGUCACGUAAUUGGCGUCAACCCGGAUUCAACAUUGAUUAACGGGUUUGGUAGAUAUAAUGGCGGGCCAAAAUCUGAACUUGCCGUUGUUAACGUCGAGUAUGGAAAGAGAUACAGGCUGAGACUCAUUGGGAUGUCCUGCCAACCUUCAUUCAAAUUCUCUAUCGACAGACACAACCUCACUGUCAUUGAAACAGAUGGGCAACUCACUAAGCCACUCUUAGUCGACUCUCUCCAGAUUUUCGCUGGACAACGGUAUUCUGUCGUCCUCACAGCUGAUAAGCCAGUGAACAACUAUUGGCUUCGGGCGCUUCCAAGCACCACCGGGUCUACGUUUAACGGUGGCCUUAACUCCGCCAUCCUACGAUACAGAGGUGCACCAGCUGCAGAUCCAACUACAGAUUGCACAGAUAGCACCUUGUCGAUGCUCGAGACGAACCUUCAUCCCCUCUCUAAUCCCGGUGCACCUGGUAUUCCUGAGUAUGGCAAAGCAGACAUCAACCUGAACUUGGUUGUCGACAACGUUGGUGGACUGUUUUUUAUUAACGGUUUUGUCUACGAACCACCUACCGUGCCAGUACUCCUGCAAAUCCUUAGUGGUGCGCAAGAUGCCGCCGAUUUGAUGCCCAUAGGAAGCGUUAUCGUUCUGGAGGCUAAUAAAGUCGUGGAACUCACCAUGGUUACAAAUGGCAUCGGUGCACCACACCCGAUCCACUUGCACGGUCACGCAUUUGAUGUCGUACAAUCAGGUGGCGCCAGUGGCUUCAACUAUCUAAAUCCUGUGCGCAGGGAUGUUGUCUCCAGCGGUAAUGCAGGUCAACAAAUAGUCAUACGGUGGGUUACAGAUAAUUCCGGACCUUGGUUUUUGCACUGUCACAUAGACUGGCACCUCGAUGCUGGCUUCGCGAUCGUUAUGGCUGAGAGUCCCUCUGAAACUCGAGCACACCUGAAGGGAUUGUCGAUUGCUUGGGAAAAACUUUGCCCUAUAUACUACUCGUUGACACCAUCACAACUGGGGGCGGUCAACUAG